AUGUCAACUGAAAGCGAAACAACCGAAAAUCUCAAUCAGGUUGAUAGACCAAUUUGGUAUGAACCAUUAUUGGAUCGUGGUUUAAUUCCAGAUUUUAUACUUCGAAGAGCAAUUAAAGUCUUAUUAAAGGAAAGAUUAAGUUGGAUUCAGUUAGGAGAUGUAGCAAAGAAUCAUCAAAGAAAAUUAGCUUAUGUUAAUUCAUUGAAAGAAAGGCCAAUUGCCGAGCAUACCGAACAGGCUAAUAAACAACAUUAUGAGGCAAAGUUUAUGAAGAUGUGUUUGGGAAAAAGAAUGAAAUAUUCUUGUUGCCUUUUUCCAAAUGGAAAUGAAAGUUUGGAUGCGGCAGAAGAAGCCAUGCUUGAAUCCUAUUGCAUCAAAGCUAAAGUGUCGGAAGGAAUGGAAAUCCUUGAUUUAGGUUGUGGUUGGGGAAGUUUGUGUUUGUAUUUAUGUGAGAAAUAUCCAAAUGCGAAAAUCACGGCAUUGUCCAAUUCAAACACCCAAAGACAAUACAUCGAGUCAAUUGCGCAACAGAAGGGAUUUAAAAAUCUCAGAGUCAUCACUGCGGACAUCAAAGAAUUUGAAUUUGAUUCUUCAACUCAAUUUGAUCGAAUUAUGUCGAUUGAAAUGUUUGAACAUAUGAAAAAUUAUGAAUUUUUAUUUACCAAAAUUUCAAAAUGGAUUAAACCAAAAGGAUUGUUGUUUAUUCACAUAUUUUGUCACACCGAUCAACCAUACGAUUUUUCAGUUGGUGAUGGUUGGAUGUCAAAAUAUUUUUUCACGGGCGGAACCAUGCCUUCCGCUGACUUGUUACUUUAUUUUCAACGUCAACUACAUUUAGUUGAUCAAUGGAUUAUUAAUGGUAAUCAUUAUGGGCAAACUUCCGAAGAAUGGUUAAAAUUAAUUGAUAAAAAUAAAAAGGUUGCUUUGGGCUAUCUUGCUGAAACUUAUGGUAAGUUUUAA